AUGCCUCUCAUCGCACAGAACCCCCAGCCCCGAGUCAUCCUGGGAUUGAUGACCUUCGGUCCCUCCCCGGACAAGGGCGCCCGUAUCACCUCGCUGGACGAAUACAACCGCUGCCUGGACUACUUCCAGCAGCAGGGCUUCAACGAAAUCGACACCGCCCGGAUCUACGUCGGCGGCGAGCAGGAAGCCUUCACAGCCAAGGCCAACUGGAAAGAGCGGGGCCUUACUCUCGCCACUAAAUGGUACCCCGGCCAGAACGGCGGCCACAAGGCCGAGGUCUUACGCGAGAAACUCGAGCUGUCGCUCAAGGAGCUGGGUACCGAUACGGUCGAUAUCUUCUAUCUGCAUGCCCCAGAUCGGUCGAUUCCUUUCUCGGAGGCGCUCGAGGCGGUCAAUCAGCUGCACAAGGAGGGCAAGUUUGUCCAACUAGGGUUGAGUAACUAUACGGCUUUUGAGGUCGCCGAGAUUUGUACGCUCUGCGCGCUGAAUGGCUGGGUGCGCCCGACUAUCUACCAGGGCAUGUAUAAUGCCAUCAGUAUGUACUCCCUUGCCAAUUCCACUGUUAGGGUUCUGACAUAUCCAGCGCGCAACAUCGAGACCGAGCUGAUCCCCGCCUGCCGCCGGUACGGCCUGGACAUCGUCAUCUACAACCCCCUUGCCGGUGGCCUGUUCUCCGGCAAGUAUAAGACGCACGAUGUGCCCGCCGAGGGCCGAUACAGCGACGCCAGCUCCACGGGCGCCAACUACCGCAAGCGCUACUUCAAAGAUGCCAACUUCGAAGCCCUGAGCGUCAUCGAGCCCGUCGUUGAGAAACACGGGCUGACGCUGGUGGAGACGGCGCUGCGCUGGGUGCACCACCAUUCGGCGCUGAAGAUGGACAACGCUGGCCGGGACGGAAUCGUAAUUGGCGUUAGCAGCUUCGAGCAACUGGAGUCCAACCUGGAGAAUGUCCGGAAGGGCCCGCUGCCCCAGGAGGUGGUGGAGGCGCUUGAUCAGGCGUGGAUGAUUGCCAAACCGACGGCGCCGAACUACUGGCAUUUGGAUCUGAAGUAUACGUAUGACACGCAGGCGGCUCUGUUCAAGCCCAAGGCGUAG